AUGGCGGCCAACGCAGGUGCGCCCGCAGGCACCCUGUCGGAUAUCCCGCUGGAACACCUCAGUCUUUACCAUGCCGUCGACUCCUACCUCUCCUCCGUUCUCGUCUUCUAUGGCCCAGUUGCAACCGCCAAUGCCACCGUGAGCAGUUCGCGCAUUCAGGCGCAUAUUUUCAGCCCCGCAGGCUUCCAAAGCUACAAUCGAAUAACAAUCUCACCGGCUGCACCGCUUUACGCUGCUGUGAACCAUCUACCCCGCGAAAGACAAGGCGAUGCGGUUUGUCGCGCACUUGCCGUAAGCAUGUUGAAAUACUUCACCGAGUUAUCGGAUCCUCUAAAGACUCAUUUGGCUGAGAGGUCACAAACGGCACAACAAGGCGGUCGAGCCCCAAAGUUCUUCGCCGAGAUGCACGCCGCAGACUUGGCCAGCCGUAUGACAAAGGUUGAAGAUUCGACGGAGAUUAUUCGAGAUAUUCGCAAUUCUUUCCAGGAGCGCAAGAUUCCUUGGACUGACCUUGAUGUCAUCCUCCCAACUGGUACUAUACAACUCUCCGGCAGGAGAGAAAGCGCCAGUUCAGACUCUGAAGAGUCCCAAAACCUCCAAUAUGGCCCAUAUGCGCCUCUCAUUAUGGCACUUGGGGACCCUAUGUUUCUGCCAACAUCGCGUCUCAAACGUGCGCCGUCACAAUCCACCAACGUGAGCAAGUCCAGAACAUUUACUCGUGCUCAAAAAGAAUCUGUUCGUCUCACCAUGUGUGAGCUCGUGGAUACUGAGGAGCGAUAUGUUGCCAAGUUGUAUUCGCUUGUUCAUGAGGUUGCCGACGAGUUCCGCCAAAAAGCCCAAGGCAGGGGCCCUUCCAGUACCAGUCCCGAUGAAAACGCCUUAGAAACACUAUUUCCACCAUGUUUAGAUGAAAUUUUGGAAGUCAAUCUUGGAUUCUUGGAUGUUAUUCGACAGGUCCUCGACGACACAGAGAGGGACGCACUCGAAGAUAUUGGUCAGGACACUGAGCUUCCCUCACGUCGAGGUGUAGCCCGGGAGAAUAAGGAUGUGAUUGGUGCCGUUGAGUUUGCCAAAGCAUUGCUUGAUUGGUUGCCACAAUUCUCCCAGCCAUAUGCCGAAUACAUGCGGGCGCACAACGGGUUUAAUCAGACUCUUAACUCAGUUAUGAAGGAUAAGAACUCCAGUUUUUCAAAACGAGUUUAUGAGACUGGAGAACAGAGAUUACGAUCUCUUCUGAUGGAACCUGUUCAGCGGCUUCCUCGCUAUAGUUUAUUGAUUGAUACCAUGACAGGUAGUUUGCCGCUGGUUCAUCCUGCUGUGCGUCCUUUAUUGAAAGCUCGCGACAUGGUGAAAGACAUAUGUGCACUUGAGAACUCUUCUCCAUCUGGCCAUGCACAGAGUCUUCGUCGCUUGAGGGAGCUUGUCGAUGGCUGGCCUGCAAAGAUUUUCCCGGACGGCCGCUUGAUCACAGCAGUCGAUGUAGAUGAAAUUACCGCUCCAUAUCAACUGGACGGAAAAGCACCAGGCCCUGGGGCUGGAAUAUUGCUUCUCUACCGUAACUGCCUCGUGAUACUCGCAAAGUCAGCAGACGGCCGAAGCACGGCACGCGGAGUGCUGGCAGACAUAGAUAAUGCUACGACCUCGACCACAGACACGUCUAUGAACCUGCCAUCCUCCGAACUCAAAGUCGCGCAAGUGCUAGAGCUUCACACCGUGCGAUGCAUGCAGUCGGCAUGUGGUCGGAUACUGUUCAUCGUGCCAGCCUCAUACCAGUCAGCUUCAUACACUCUCGACAGUGGCGCAGAUCUCAUUGCCUUGGAGCUGACUUCCAUGUAUGAAGGAAAGGCCAGUCGAUUGAUCGAAGAAAUAUUCAAAGCAAAGAUUGAAGGCCGUUUUUCAGAAAAAGAGCGCGAAAGUGGAAAGUGGACUUUGCGCAGCCCCGCUGCCGCUCUGGGAAACACCAAUAUCCUUGCCUGUGUGUGCGAGGAUGGCGAAGCUGUGGCUCUUGAUCAAGCUCACUCAUCUCCAAUUCGCGUAGUAUUUGACAAACCAAAAGGAAACUCCGCCCAAAUUCUGAGAAACACUCACUUGGAGGUUGUCAUAUCCAUCUCUCUACCCAACGGUGAUCAAUUCAGAAUGGAUGUGGAUUCUAUACUUGGUGCCCCGUCAACAGAUCUGGUAUCGGCAGAUACGUUCGUUCCAACACUUUCAAGGCGCAUACAAAGUCUUCUCUCACCCCUGCACAACCCACAGAACCCUAGGGUUAUGAUACCAUUGGUUCGGUCCAAUUUUGAAAUCCUUCGAUACAUUGCAAGCAGUUUGAUAACCCAAGUCAAAUCCUCUCGUGGAUUCCGACCACCUUCACCAACCAAGUUGAUAUCGAACCUGCUGGGAGGUAGCCGCGAAAAUGUCCCCACCAUCAAGCAGCCAAAUUCAGCCACGUUGUUGGGUGAAUUUCCUAAGAUGCCUCCCCCGAGAGCCAAUCUCUCCAGAUCAAAUACUCUACCCUCCACAUUCCCCACCAAGGAGAAAGACAAAGAAAAGGAGAAGGAGAAGGAGAAGGAGAAGGGAGAAAGCCCUAACAAGAUAUCGGUUGUUGGAACACCUGCUGCACGGGGCCCUGAUGGUCAACUUGGCUCUCUGGAACAAACAUUUGCGGCCUACGUACUCUCUGUACAGUCUCGAAGUGGAAAUAUUCUGGGGCGAAUGCUUCGUGCCAGAGAGACUGUGGACCGUUCUGCAGUCAAUGAGCUUUACAAUAUCCUUCUGGAGGAUCCCUGUAAACUUCAGGCCGCUGCAGAGGUGCCUGUUGACACCUUAUUUGUCGCCUUUGAAACUUUCAUGAAAAAUGCGUGGAAGAGGAGUAUGGGUCCUGUGCUGGAUAAACCAGCUUUGCGACAACUUCAAAGCCAAUUUGACACCAUGUUCCCUCGCGACUUCGACGAGCAAUUCCGGAGGUUCUUGGCGGAUACUAGCCCACAGAAUCGGCGGGCAUUGGCUGCGAUAAUUCGGCUUCUUGCCGAUUUGUUAGACGCAUCUGGAAAUGACGGAGAUCGUGGAGCGUUGACAAUGGCCUUUGCUGAGGUUCUUACCGAAGAUGGUGACCCUGUACAUCACGUAUCACUUUUGGACCGACUUGUUGAGGACUUCGAUAAUCUCUUUGAAGAGUUCAUUCCUGCCGGAGCCUCAGUUGUAGGAACCCUGACCUGUGACCAGACCCAGACCAAGACGUCACAGGCCAGCACUGGGUCUGUAGGUUCGAAUAAUUCUUCAUUCCGAAAGCGCUUCGGAUUCAGUCUUCAUAAGGACAAUCAGAAAAUUGAGGGCGAAGGCAAGGUUGCUUCAAUCCUACGAACGUUGAGCAAGAGACAGAAUACAACCGAUUCAGAAUCAAGUACCCCCAAGGGAACUUUGUUACGAUCCAAAUCUACUGAUGUGGAUGCUCGUCUGGGCUUCCUUCGGCCUACAUCACGCGAUCGCCCCUUCGGAUUCUCAUCCGAGGAGCAGAUUUCGAGACCAGGCACUGGCCAUGGUCAACCUCCGUCUUUGUCCUCCAUCCGAGGAAUCUCUCAUGAUGGUGUGGUGAAGCUUCGCCGAAAAAGGAGGAGCUCUCUGUCAGACCUACGGCCCCAGACCGCAUCUUCAGAAGCGUCCAAUGCAUCCCAUGUGUCCCUUGUUUCCAAUAUCUCCAAUAUUUCCAAUGUCUCACCAACCCAUCAGCUACGCCCAGUUACUCCGAAUACUCGCUCUCGGCCUGAGCCAACCACACCGACCAGCCAACCGCCAAGGCCGCAUAGUAGUUAUUUGCCACGAUCACCUACAAGAGGUGCAUCGCCGGCGAAGGCAGACUCUCCCGUUCGCUUAGGAUCACCCAUUCGAAGAAUGUCGCCGACACGUCCUUCCACUCCUAGUAGGAAAGAGAAUAUUGAUCCCCAGAUGCCUCAAACAGAGCGGGCUGCCAAGACCUCCCGUGCCAUUCCAGACUCUCCAACCCAGGAAACGAGAAGACGAUCCCGCGCGACGAGCAUUCCUCAGCGGACACCCGGACUCCGAGAGAGACCCGCGACCAACGCGGAAAACAAGCGUCCGCAGUCUUCGUCCUCAUCGCAAAGAACCCCAAAAUUGCGGAUGCAAAGUCCACAGAAGCUCCGUGAACGUGUGAAGACCGAAAAGAAGACCCAGGCCACUGCUCAGAUCGGAAUUCGAGACGAGCUGGCAAUUCUUGGUGAUGAGCUCCAUGCUUUAAGACUUAUACCGUCGAAGCAUUCUAGCAUGGAGCCAAAUGGGGGUCCUGUGGACUCCCAGCGAUCUUCAGAGAGAAGCGCAGCUCUAGAGAGUCGUUUCCGCAUGCUUGAAGACCGACUUGACCAGUUCACAGGUGAGUACAAUGGACGCACCGCUCUAUUGGAGAGAGAUGUGGAGUCGUCCCUGGUGGUCAGCGAAAAACGAGUGAAGAAGCUGGACGAAUUGUAUCGCGAAGCUAGUGCUGAGAACGAGGCCCUCUACUAUCGGUUCAACUCGGAGCUCAGCAAACUCUCAAAGGAUGUCCGAGCUGGUAGUGCGGAAGAAUCCUUGCAAUCCCAGCUUAAUAAUGCCUUAGAGGAGAUCAGUCGCCUAAAGAAAGAAAAUUUCCGACUCAAAAGAGAGGUCGGAGGUCUUCGCGCACAGCAGGCUGCCGUUGCUCUGUCGAGGGCAAGCGAUCAAUGA